GUCAACAUUACACAGACCGAUCCUCCUGAGAACAGGACUCAUCUCUUUCAACCAGACACAAGAACGAACAUUUCUUGAAUCAUCUUAAUGUUCUGUGAACUCUAAACAGUUGUGAAAUCAUUUUUGCUUUUCCAUUCUUAUUUUUUUUUUUGGGGGGGGAAGUCUGUCAUCGUUCUGUUUUUCAGGAUCGACCCCUUGGUGAGACAGACCAACUGACCAACUGUAAACUGUCCACCUCGCCCUUUGGCGCAUGAGGAUCAGUACACACCUUCCAGCCAAUAAAACGCCGAGUAGGCGAAACAAAAGCGCGAGCCGUGCCGGUCUAGCCGACAAGUAGUGCUUGGAGAAGUCUUCAGCACCACGGACCAGAGAACAGUAACAGUCACAGGCGCGCGACAGUCCUAGAGCCAUGGAGCCGUCCACUGCCCCUGGUGCUGAACCGGCUGAUUUUGACAUGUACUCGGUGAUUCCGUUCAAUGUCACCUACCCGGACGACGAGAUGGGGUUCGUGCCCAACGGGGAAAACUACACCCAGCAGCUCCCGGUUCAGAGCGCCUCCAAUAUUAUAGUAGCCAUCUCCAUCACCGCGCUCUACUCCGUUAUCUGCGUGGUGGGAUUGCUCGGGAAUGUCCUUGUGAUGUACGGGGUGGUGAGAUACACCAAGAUGAAGACAUCCACCAACAUCUACAUCUUUAACCUGGCUCUAGCGGAUGCCCUAGCCACCAGCACACUCCCCUUCCAGAGUGCCAAGUACCUGAUGGGGACCUGGGCCUUCGGAGAGUUCCUCUGUAAGGUGGUCAUCGCCAUCGACUACUACAACAUGUUCACAAGCAUCUUUACCCUGACCAUGAUGUCUGUGGACCGCUACAUUGCUGUGUGCCACCCAGUGAGAGCCCUGGAGUUCAGGACGCCCGCCAAGGGUAAGAUCAUCAACGUUCUGAUCUGGGUUCUGUCCUCUGCCAUCGGAGUGCCCAUCAUGGUCAUGGCGGUGACAAAAACGACAGACAGUGGUCAGACUAUGUGCACACUGAAGUUCCCCGACCCUGACUGGUACUGGGACACAGUCACUAAGAUCUGCGUUUUCAUCUUUGCCUUCAUCGUCCCUGUCACGGUCAUCACCAUCUGCUAUGGUCUGAUGAUACUGCGUCUGCGCAGCGUCCGCCUGCUCUCCGGCUCUAAGGAGAAGGACCGCAACAUGCGCCGCAUCACCCGCAUGGUCCUCGUGAUUGUCGCGGCCUUCAUCAUCUGCUGGACGCCCAUCCACAUCUUCAUCAUCAUCAAGACCCUGGUGGAGAUCGACUCUAGGAACCCCUACGUGAAAGCCAGCUGGCACCUCUGCAUUGCGCUGGGCUACAUGAACAGUAGUCUCAACCCCGUUCUCUACGCUUUCCUGGACGAGAACUUCAAGAGGUGCUUCCGGGACUUCUGCCUGCCCUGCCGGACCCGCGUGGAACGCAACUCCCUCAACACAGGUCGGAAUGCCAACCGGGAACCCGUGUCCGUCUGCGCUCCGACUGUAGCUGGGACGGAAAAGAAGCCUGUAUGACUAGGCAUGGACCAGAUCCCUUGUGGUUCUCGAUCCAGGAGGGUCCAGCAAGACCUGCAGUCUGAGAUCACCCAGAUCUCCACAACAGAGUUCUGACAGGACAAACAAUGAUUCACACAGAGGUGUCAGUAAAGGGGGUUCAAACCACAUCAUCGUUUUUUUUUUGACCACAUCAUUGACAUUCCUCCCAGUGAGAUUUAGGAACUUUCUUUAUUGUAGCUCAGAAAGAGAGAGAUUCAAUGUUUCAUCAUACAUUGUUUUCGAUAAAACUCAACACACAUCUCUGUGAAGGUUCUAUCUAGAGACAAUCUGCGAAGGUGCCAGGGCUUUUUAAGUAGUGAAUUUCUGGUUUGUGACAAAUGAAUGUCUGGCUGCAGAGUGAAUACACCGGAUGUUGUCAAGGACAGUGGUCCAAAGGAUACGACAUGGUUUUGUCAAUGACUGAUGACAAGCUGCACAAAUAUGGGACUGGUUAUUUUUUUUAAAUAAGGCAACAGGUUAAGGGAAACCACUGAAUGAGUAGAUAUGUGGACAUCUGAAAUGUGGACAUUUGAACCAGGAGGGGGUGGAGAAAACACCCAACACUGUUCAGUGAAAAUGACAGUUGUUACAACUGACGGACUUGGCACAGAUUCCAAAUGCUAAGCAGUGGUCUCAUGUACCAGAGACUGCAUCAUCCAUCUUGAAAAGACAGACUGUAGUUUGGGUACAGUACACUGCGUGUGUGACGUCAAUGCUUCUCCAGGCUACAGUAACCUUGUGCUUUGACAAACUGAGAAAGUGGAGAAGCAUGGAUGUCCAACCUUUGUUGAUAGACCUUCUUUCUAUUCUCUGGGAAGCAAGCACCUGUAAACUAACAUUGAUGAGAAACUUCAAAGAUUGCUGACGCAUAUUCCAACCAUCACACUUGACUCCACUUUCAUAGAGACAAACUAAGAUAUAAUGAAGAAAAAAAACGACGUCAUUUUCCACUUUCCGUCUACUUCAGAACAAAAGGCAAAACAAAUACAUUUCACACGCCACAGAGAAAGAAGAAACUACAGAUCCUUUUUGACAGGUUGGAUGAUGGAUGAAAGCGUACUUUAGUGCAAAGCACUGGGGCACGAGACGCUGAAACAAAAUGGGAAAAUGGGAAAAUGGGCCUGAUAGCUACGUGAAUCCGUAAAAUAUGGACAUCUAGCACAGAGCUCUGUGACUGCCUGUGCUCUACUGCUGUACCAUAGCAUUUCCUUUCCACUGACACCUCGGCUCUCGGCUCCAAACCUACUAGACUUUCAUGGAUCGGAGCAGAGAGGUAGAAGGGACCACUGAGAGGAAUAACUAAACAAUCAUAGACCACAGAGGGUUGAGGAGCAGACAGCCUAAUCUAGAUAAACACUCUGUGUGAAUGCAGUACUACUCUGAUGAAUGUAAAAAAGAAACAACAACAGCAGAACAACUUUAAAACUGACAAGCCUGAAGAGUAUGGCGGCUUGUGAGACCAAGACCACAAACCUCUUGAGAAUCACUGAGCAUUUAUAUAGCUGAACCAAGUGAGAUUUGAAUAGGACUCACUAUCUGUGUUACUGUGUAAUUGGAGAAAAACAUUGUGUCAUCUGUCAAAUUAAAUCGAUGGCAGAUUAGAAACACUAACUAUGGCAUUAUGUCAUGAUAAGAUUCCUAAGAAAGAUGAUGACAGCGCUCAAUUUUACCUUGCGGGCAUCAACUAAUGAUAGUGAUUAAGAUGAAAAUUACCCUUCAUAUUUCAUAGGCUGUAGGCUAUAAUUUAUGAGUUUAUUAUAGGGUAUAAAUUCUCCCGGUAACCUUGCAAAACAUCAAUACUGAUGAAAGAUCAAGCCUGCAAAUCGUUCCAUAGAUUGCAACCCACAUGGCACCCUAUUCCCUAUAUAGUGCACUACAUUUGACCAAGUAGUGCACUAUUUAGGGAAUAGGGUACCAUUUCAUACAUUUUUACUGACCUUGGACACAAUACUAUGUCAUGAACCACUGUGACAAGCCCAAAAAUGUGGACAAGAGGUUUGUGAAUUGUUUUGCAUAAUGAUACUAGCUAGCACAGUCUAAGGAAGAAAAUAUAAUAUAAUUAUUGCUUAUGUCGAUGUCAGCUUAGAUGACAUAUAACUAUUAAAGGUUAGAUGUCAACAUUCUGGUAUAUUUCUAAUGAGAUGUAUUUGCAUGUCUGUGGAAAUACUGACGUCAGAAGGAUACAACAUUUACUGAAGGUAAGGAAACCAAAAUCAGUUCCAAACUAAAAUCACUUAACGUGACUUUGUAGAUAUAGACAUUCUUAGAACUCCUGCAUAUUAUUUACGUAGUUGGCUAACUUUUUCAGUGACAGGUGAAACUAACUUGCUU